AUGGCUGUUGGGAUAACAGUGAUGAGUGUGGGAGCUCUGCUUGUGAUCAUCUUUCUCUGGAUGGUACUAGUGUGCAUUCCGGGGCACAGAGACAAUCCCACACAGAGAGAUCAAAAUGGCCAUCAGUCGUCAGCAGCUGAGUCUCAGCUAUGGGGAUGUUUCCUUUCAUUUCUCCCCUGCUCUUCCUCUCCUUCUCUCCCAGGUCCACUCAGCCUCCCCAUUUUAGGCAACAUGCUGGAGCUGGCACAUGACCAUUUACCAAUUCACCUAACCAACCUGGCACAGAGCUAUGGAAAUAUCUACCGUCUGAAGUGUGGCAACACCACCAUGGUAGUGCUCAACAGCAGCAAAGUCAUAAAAGAAGCGCUUGUUAAGAAUUGGUCUGACUUUGCCGGGAGACCAACUUCGUACACAGGUGAUAUUGUGUGCGGUGGAGGCUGCUCCAUCUCUCUGGGUGACUAUAGCCAGGAGUGGAGGGCACAUCGCCGUCUGGUCCACGGUGCCUUGCAGCGCUGUUCCCAGCAAUCUCUGCAUGCUGUGAUUGAGAAACAGGCACUGCAACUUCGACAGGUUCUGAUGGAUUAUCAAGACAGUGCUGUGGAUCUCUCUGAGGAUUUCACUGUGGCAGCCAGUAAUAUCAUCACCACCCUGGCCUUGAGAAAAGAAUAUGAGAAGAACUCAGCCGAGCUGCAGAGUUUACACAACUGUCUCAAUGAGAUUGUUGGUCUGUGGGGCUCCCCUUGGAUUUCUGCUCUGGACUCCUUCCCACUGCUCAGGAAACUACCCAAUCCUCCAUUUUCCCGUCUCCUAAAAGAAGUGGCCAGGAGAGAUGACAUUAUAAGACAACACCUCAGUGAUUUCAAGUCGCGAAACACAAAAUCAGAAGAUGCCAUCACAGAGUUACUCCUCCAGGGGGUUGAGCAAUGUCAUGACCGAGCAAAUGCAGUGGUCCUAACAGACACUCAUGUUCACAUGGCCAUUGUGGACCUUCUCAUUGGGGGAACAGAGACCACCGCAGCCUGGCUUAAUUGGACUGUGGCCUUCCUACUGCACAGACCGGAAAUGCAGAGUAAGGUGUACGAUGAGCUUUUUACAGUACUGGAGGGACGCUACCCCAAGUACAGUGACAGACAUAGACUUCCCAUCCUAUGCUCUGUGAUCAAUGAGGUGCUCAGACUCAGACCUGUGGCCCCUCUGGCAGUGCCACACAGAGCCGUCAGAGACAGCAGCAUUGCAGGUUAUUUCAUCCCUAAAGACACUGUCAUCAUUCCCAAUCUUUUUGGAGCACACCACGAUCGUGCAGUUUGGACUGACCCCUACCACUUCAAACCAGAGCGCUUUCUGGGUGAUGGCGCUGGCUUAACCCGUGCUCUUCUACCUUUCGGAGGGGGGGCCCGACUGUGCCUGGGGGAAUCCGUUGCCAAAAUGGAGCUCUUCCUGUUCACUGCCUACUUGCUGAGAGAUUUUGAAUUCAUCCUUCCUCCGACAGAGGCUUCUCUGCCCGACGUGAGAGGAAUUGCAAGGGUAGUCUUCAAAAUAAAGUCUUACAAAGUCAUAGCACACCCGAGGCCUGUGUAA